AUGAGACUCUCUUGCAAGGUCGUGGCGGUGCUGCUGUGCCUGGGCAGUCUGCUGCUUCUUUAUCUGCUCGGGGGCAGCGCGGACGAGGCGCCCCCCAGAGCGCCCCCGGGCAAGAGUUGGCUGCGCGCUGCGCUCUCCGGCCCCGGGGGAGCCAGCGCGCCCUCUCCCUUCGCCCUGGUCAGACCCUUGGGAGCAGCUCAAGUUUCUAAGCGGCUUAGGCAGCCACGUCUCCACACGAAGCCAGGCAAGAGGAGCUCGGGGAGGCAAGACAAGUUUGCCGGCGUUAGAAAGCAUGGGGAGCCAAAACACUCACCAGCCUCACCAGCAGAGCAAUGGAUGCACCUGGCCGUCGUGGCAUGUGGGGACCGUCUGGAAGAGACGCUCAUUAUGCUCAAAUCAGCCAUCCUCUUCAGCUAUCGGAAGAUUCGAUUUCACAUCUUUGCUGAGGAUUCACUGAAGCCUGAGUUUGAUAAGAAGUUGCGACAGUGGCCUUCCUCAUACACAAAGAAGUUUGAACACAGCAUCUACCCGAUCACAUUUUCUGUUGGAAAUGCUCAGGAGUGGAAGAAGCUGUUCAAGCCUUGCGCUGCCCAGAGGCUCUUUCUUCCGGUGAUUUUAAAGGACGUGGACUCACUUCUCUAUGUAGACACUGAUGUUCUCUUUCUUCGGCCCAUUGAUGAUAUCUGGAGGCUUCUGAAGCAAUUUAAUUCCACCCAGCUUGCAGCCAUGGCCCCAGAGCAUGAGAUCCCCAAGAUUGGAUGGUACAGCCGUUUUGCUCGUCACCCCUACUAUGGAAUGACUGGAGUCAAUUCAGGAGUGAUGCUUAUGAAUUUAACUCGUAUAAGAAAUACACAGUUCAAGAAUAGCAUGAUUCCAACGGGCUUGGCUUGGGAGGACAUGCUGUACCCUCUGUACCAGAAGUACAAGAAUUACAUCACGUGGGGAGACCAGGAUUUACUGAAUAUUAUUUUUUACUUUAACCCAGAGUGUCUCUAUGUGUUUCCAUGCCAGUGGAAUUACAGGCCUGACCACUGCAUGUACGGCAGUAAUUGUAAAGGAGCAGAACAAGAAGGUGUGUCUGUUCUUCAUGGCAAUCGAGGUGUCUAUCAUGAUGACAAGCAACCAACUUUCAAAGCGUUAUAUGAAGUAAUGCGUGAUUUUCCCUUUCAAGACAAUCUUUUUCAAUCCAUGUAUUACCCGCUUCAGCUGAAGUUUUUAGAAACCGUACAUACUUUAUGUGGACGGAUUCCGCAGGUUUUUCUGAAGCAGAUUGAGAAAACGAUGAAGAGAGUGUAUGAGAAGCAUGUCAUUGUCCACCUCAGAUCCAACAGGAUGUAUUAUUAAAUACACCUUCUGGUCUUUUUUUUUCUUUAGAUACUCUAAAUUUGGUUUAUUGUUGGCAGAUUAUUGCAUCUCUCAUGAUCAAGGAGAUAGAAAAAGCUUGAAGCAGGCUGGAUCCUCUUUCACAGUUUCAUGAUGCUCCCAGACUGUCAGUAAAAAUGCUUGCAGAAAUUUUGCAGUAUUGAUUUUGCUUCAAUGGAGUAUGCUUUUUGUUAAAGGAUUUUUUAAAAUCUCUUUUUUGGUAGGUUUUCAUGUUACUGCUCAUAAAAAAUUGCUGCAACAGUAUAAACUAGAUGUGAAAAGGAGUCUUUGGGAGCUUUCUGACUCCUAUUAGCUGCACAGAAAUAUUAAAGGUCGAUUGGCACCUUACCACCAUCCGGGCUCCUGAGGGAGACAGUGCCCGUUCAAUUGCCUUUUCCAUGACAACACAUCUGUGAGAGGUAGUGUAAGUAAACUCGGGCAUAUAUGCCAAGAUCAUCUAUAGUGGCCUUAGAGAAAAAGAGACGAUGAAUUUUGUGUUUACAGUGUGCCAUUUGAAGGCUCUUGAUAGAACUCCAAAGUGAUUCGGGGUUCCCAUUAAUUAGGUUUUUAUCAGGCAAUGUCGCUGGCAAUAAGGAUUUCUCAAGGUGCUUCUCACAAGAAGUUUUUCCAUGUCAUUUGGAGACUCUGAACCUGCAGGACUUACUAGGCAACAAUAGAUUCAAAAAGGAAAUACGGUAAUCAUUAAACCCCCUGAGGAGCUUAUUGAGCUAUGGAGCGGGGCAGGGAGAUGUAUUUACACACACAGAGGUAUUGUCUAGCUUCCAUCUUCAUGAGUCCCAGCCAUCAGGUAUCUAAUGUCUCUGAGCUCUUUGGCAAGAGAAGAAAAUUGAAAGGCAACUCCACCUUGUUGUAAUGGACACCAAAGUGUUUAGCCAAUUGAAUUGGCAGAAAAUUUAACUUUCUGCUGGCCACAGAAACUCUCUUGUUUUAUACUUUGCUUUAAGUUUAUGCAUUUGCCAAGAAAAUACUAAUGUCCUAGGACCUGCGCAGAGUAGAGGAAGUUCUCCUCUUACACAGGGGUCUCCCCUCAUCUCCUUUUGGUGCCGUGAGAUUGUAAUCAUUCGGGGAUGCUGUAGGUCUGUACUUUUCAAAGGGUUUGCUUACAUGUAUUUUGAGAGGCAGUAUAUUUCAGUGGAGAAACCACUGGAUUUGAAGCCAGAUGUUCAGGAUUUAAAUCCUG